AUGGACGAGAGGGCGGUGGGGUUCAAUCCGAGGACGCUGGGAGAUGGACUCGUGUACGGCGCCAAUGGCGACGUACAGGCGUUCGGUAGAGGUCCCAAAACGCCAGGCCAGCACAAGACGCACGAGAGAAAUGUGCAUGCCAAGGGCGAUUCCAAUCAUUCGGCUGUCGAGAAUGGAAAUGGGGAGGGAUCUGCCACCCCAGGAGCCACAGAGGGCGAAAAGAAAGUGCCCAACGAAGCGCUGCUCGACAAAUUCCGCACUGAUGUGACGUACCAGCAGUUCUUGCGCAAGGACUUCAAUCCACAGCAGUACGCGAGCACGGUGCUCAAGGCGGCCGACCAGUCUCCCUACGCCCUCCCGUCGGCCCUCGAAAAGAUCUCCUCAGGUAUCCAGAGCCUCAACAAAGAGCUCAAAGUGCAGUCUGCGAAUCAGCACGAGGAACUGUUCCGCCAGGUGCACACGAUCAGGCAUCUGGAGGACAUUCUCGCACAGGUGACCGGCGGAGUGGAUUCGCUGCAGAGCGCUAUCACCAGCAUUCGAUCAGAACUCUCGGAGCCGUUCCUCUUGAUUCAAGCCCGCACCACCCAGCUCGAACGAGUCCAGUCGAGCUGUGACGUGCUGCGGCAAAUCACGCGGUUCCUCUACCUAGCCAAGAAGCUGCGCUCACACCUGGACACCCAGCGCCUGCCCGAAGCUGCCGAGUGCCUGUACGAACUCGAGCAAAUUCGCAAGACGGCCGACCUCACCGGUAUUCACGUGGUGGACAAGGAGACGCAGUGGAUCAUGAAGGCGGACGAGGACGUGACCAACGGCGCGUCCCUCAUGCUGAUCCAGGGCAUGGAGACACAGAACCAAUCGCAAGUGGCGAACGCCAUCAAAGUGUUCUACCACCUCAAGACGCUCGAGCAGAAGCUCGACACCACCCUCACGGCCCUCAACGCCAAGAUCUCGCAGACCACCAAGAACGUGCUCUCCGAAGACUGGCGUGCCGCCCUGUGGACGCGCAUCGAGCGCCUUACGGAUGUGCUCCACUCGUGCUCUCGAGUCAUUUUGAAAAUGAAGAGUACAGACACGCAUGGCCUCAUUCUUGACGAUAUCGUCAAGGUGGGCACGACCGAGGAAUUGUUCGCCACCUUCUGGAAGUCGCUCACGCAGAUCGUGACCGACGAACUCGCCAACGCUGCACGAAGCUCGCAAUUUGUCGAGACCGCCUUUGUCGGCGAAUACCCCAAGCUGCUGCGGCUCUUCAACGAUCUCCUCAAGCGACUGCGCACCCACAUGGAGGUCAAGGAUCCCAAGGACGAGAGCAGGUUGGCCUUCGAGCAGCAGCUCAUCGGCGCGCUCGCCAAGUUCGAGCACCAGUACCUGUCGCGGUCGCUCACGCACCUCUUCGAGCCCAUCAACCACAUCUUCGCGCCAGGUCGAGCCGCGCCCGUUCCCGACGAUGUGGUGGUCUUGUCCAAAGCCAUCGUGAGCGAACUCGAGACUUCGAAGCUGGACGAGCGACUGAACGCCUCCAUUUCCCGCGGCGUCGCCAAAUCGCUCAAAUACUUUGCCGUCAAGAGCGAGAACAUGCUGGCCACCGAAGCCGAAGCCUACCAGGUGGUCGAGGCGGUCAACGCGUCGCAGAAGAGGAACGCGAUGAUCUUCAAUGCCCUGUUCCAGCUCCACACGGCGGUCACCAACCUUCUCCCUGUCAUUCCGCCCUCGGCCAUGGAGUAUAUUGAUGACGCCCUCAAGCAGCUCGCCAGAGUCGGGCAGCAGAUCAUAUCGCCGCUGUUUUCGCGCAUAACUGCACAGCUGGAGGCCACCCUGCUGGGCAUUCACCACGAGGGCUAUGGCGGUUCCAAGCACAGGGAUGCUGUCCAUCAGGUGUCGGCCUACAUGGAGAAGCUGCAGAAGCAGAUCCACCACUUCCACGCGGUCAUCCUCUCCUACUUCUCCUCCUGCCCGGCCAUCUCGAUUCGCCUGCGGGCGCUGGCCACCCGCGUGGUCACAUUCUUUGUCCGCCACGCCGCCCUUGUCCGACCGCUCUCUCAGAUCGGCACGCUCAAGCUGGCCGGCGACAUGGCCCAGAUGGAGUUGGCACUCGCGCCCAUCCAUCCGCUCAAGGACCUGGGCGGACCCUACAAGGAGCUCAGAGCUCUGCGGCCUCUUAUCUUCCGAGAGAAGGACCAGAUCUUGGGUUCGCCCGAGCUGGAGAGUCUGUCGAUGACCACCGCCAUGCACCACAUGUUCUCCCGAGCACCCGAAGAGCUCCUCUCCCCGCACGUCCGCGCCGGGUGGAGCAUUGCCAAGUACAGCAAGUGGCUGGACGAGCAGCAGGAGGCCGAGGUGUGGAAGCUGAUCAAGGCCUCGCUCGACGCCUACGCCAACAAGGUCAACCAGCGGGGCGACAGCGCGUUCGACCCGAUCUUCCCCGUCAUGGUCUCCCUCGGCAACUACUUCCUCGAGAGACAGCGCACCGGCGGUCCCCUCUCCUGA